AGCAGAAUUUGGCCAUAUUCUUACGGUCACCCCUGCGCGCGCACAUGGAAUGACACGGAAAGCAUGCACAAAAAGGGAGUGAAAAUAAUGGCGUUUUUUUGCUUGUGAUGUGUAGUCAGCUGUGCGUGUACAUGUAGAAUGACAAAGAAGAAGUCAAGAGAUAAGAUGGCCACAGUUGUUGCAGAGAGCCCCAUCAAGCCGGAUUGUGGGGGGCGUGGUGAAUACGCCCUAGGACAAGUAGCGGCCCUGCUGUCUAUCCGCAAAGGUCAUCGACCCAGCCACCAAUUGAUACACGAAGACAAGCAGGGGCUGCUGGCCAUGUUUGCGCCUGUGUCCGUGGAUUCAGCAAGCGUCCCGACGACCACACCAGAGCCGUCGUCUGCAACGCCUGAAACAAGCACAAGGGACCGUCCAGGAAAAAAGAAGCGGCAGUUGUCAGAACAAGCAAACAGACCCAAAGCUGCAGACGUCAAAAUCUUAGAGAAUUUGAAAGCUAAAAACAUGGAGCGAGUCACUCAGAAGGAGCAUGCCAAACCAAGCCAGGAGGAGAGGAACAGGACCGUGUUUGUCGGCAACCUACCAGUGGCAUUUGACAAAAAGAAAGUGCAGAAAUUGUUCCACAAGUUUGGUGAGAUCAAGAGCAUCCGUUUCCGUUCAGUGGCUCCAUCAGAUCCAGACCUUCCAAGGAGAGUAAUUGCUCACACGAAACAGUUCCAUCCUGAUCGGAACUCCAUCAACAGUUAUAUCGUGUUCCAGAGUGAGGAGGCAGCUCAGAAAGCUCUGAAAAGGAAUGGGAAGCUUGUGGAGAAUAAUCACAUCAGAGUGGAUCUUGCCAGUAACAGUAGAAAGCAUGAUACGAAGCAUUCGGUGUUCCUUGGCAACCUGCCGUUCGAUGUCAGCGAUGAUGUCAUCAGGGAACAUUUUGCAGAGUGUGGGACCAUCGACAAUGUCCGAGUCAUACGAGAUGCAAAGACGGGACUAGGCAAAGGCUUCGGUUAUCUGCUCUUUGCUGAGGACGUGUCCGUUGAGUUUGCACUCAAGCUGGAUGGCAGCCGGAUGGCGGGACGGGACAUUCGCGUCCACAGAGCAACAAAGCAAAAACAGAGCGCUGUAAAUGCCAUGAAGAGGCUACAAAUGAAGAAGGCUGUCAAAACCAAGAGAAGAGAUGGUAUUCAAGGUCGGGUCAAGCCAGGUCGGGUCAAGCCCAAACAGGGAAAACCCCGGACGUCCAAGUCGGGCCAGAUCAGGUCAAAGGGCAAGAGCCAGAUGAAGAAAGGGAAAGGAUCAGCGAGGACAAGCACGAAACAUGACAAGCUGAGAAAGGGAAAGAAGAGAAAGCCUGGCAAGUGAUUGCCGUCAGACGAAGUCAAUUCAUGCAGCUACGUUUGAGAACUGGAACAAUGAACUGCACUGUGGUCAUUACAGAUAUCAUGGGCGUUAAUUUGUGUUGAUGACAUGGGAAUGAUGAUGGAAAAACUCUUCAGGUUUUUGGAAGUUGGAAAUUUGAAAAGGUUGGGGAGGGGAGGCAUUGCUGAUGAAAAGAUGUUUUCAUUGGCUCGGCUGACCAUGAGGUAAUUACGUCAUGGUCAGCCAAACCGAUCAGCUUGCGCACAUACGUUUUCAUCGGUUGCUGUGUGUGUACCAUUCAGCUCGCCAGACUCAAGAACCAUUGAGUUUUAAGUAAAUACAUCUGUGAACAAGAUAAACCAAGGAAAAAGUUCCCAGUUUAUCAGUGUUAACUUUAAAUUGUAAUACUAACAUUAUUUGUUUCUGUUGUUUUCUCUAUUUUCCUUAUUCACCUGCAAUUCUUCAUGUGAUAAUGUUGAGAGGUAGUGAUCAAGUUUUUUUUAUUUGUACAAAAAUCAUAGGCGAGGAUUCUAUUGCCCCUCCCCAUUCCAAAAGUUAGGGGAUAAAACAUGCGAAAAUAAAAGCAGCUAUUCAAAACCUCCA